UCUGCCUUGGUUCUCAUGCGAGAAAUGAUAAAUAUUUACAGUUGGAGCUCCUGGACUCGGCAAGACGGCUCUGGUUGGCUCUGGGGGACAGGGGUGGUUACCAAGCCUCCUCCCUCCCAUUCUCCCACCAGCCUUUCCUCUUCCUCACUCAGAGGCUCCUCUUGGACCCUCAGCUCCUCCUGGGACUUGGUUUCUGCUGCAAGCCUUGCUGGACUCGGGGUCUUGGUCUUGAGAGGCCUGGGCCAGUUGCGCGCGCAGCUGCAGCACGAGGCGGGACCGGGGGCGGGGCCGGGGCCGGGGGCGGAGCCCGCCGCCCUGAUUGCGCUGCUCGGGGAGCGCGUGCUCAACGUGUCUGCCGAGGCGCAGCGAGCAGCGGCCCGCUUCCACCAGCUGGAUGUCAAGUUCCGGGAGCUGGCACAGCUGGUCACCCAGCAGAGUGGCCUCAUCGCCCGCCUGGAGCGCCUGUGCCCGGGAGGCACGGGUGGGCAGCAGCAGGUCCUGCCACCACCCUUGGUGCCUGUGGUUCCUGUCAGUCUGGUGGGUGGCGGUAAUGACACCAGCAGGAGGCUAGACCCAGCUCCAGAGCCCCAGAGAGACCAGACCCUGAGACAGCAGGGGCCCUUGGCUUCUCCCAUGUCCGCAGGGCACCCUGCUGUCCCCACCAAGCCAACAGGCCCGUGGCAGGAUUGCGCAGAGGCCCACCGGUCCGGCCACAGGCAGAGCGGUGUGUAUGAGCUGCGUCUGGGCCGGCACGUGGUGUCAGCGUGGUGUGAGCAGCAGCUGGAGGGCGGAGGCUGGACUGUGAUCCAAAGGCGGCAAGACGGCUCCGUCAACUUCUUCACCACCUGGCAGCACUACAAGGUGGGCUUCGGGCAGCCUGAUGGAGAAUACUGGCUGGGCUUGGAACCUGUGCACCAGCUGACCAGCCGUGGGGACCAUGAGCUAUUGGUGCUCCUGGAGGACUGGGGAGGGCGUGGUGCACGUGCCCACUACGACGGCUUCGCCCUGGAGCCGGAGAGUGACCACUAUCGCCUACGGCUUGGCCAGUACCAUGGGGAUGCUGGAGACUCGCUUUCCUGGCACAAUGACAAGCCUUUCAGCACCGUGGAUAGGGAUCGAGACUCCUAUUCUGGUAACUGUGCCCUGUACCAGCGGGGAGGCUGGUGGUACCAUGCGUGUGCCCACUCCAACCUCAAUGGCGUGUGGCACCGUGGUGGCCAUUACCGCAGCCGUUACCAAGACGGUGUCUACUGGGCGGAGUUUCGUGGCGGGGCUUACUCUCUGAAGAAGGCUGCCAUGCUGAUCCGGCCCCUGAGGCUGUGACCAUCUGUCCGUCGGUCCCCUGGGUCUCAGGGGAUGUUUGUCAGCAGCAGCCCAACUUGUCCUGGCCACAGCUGUUUGUGACUUAGCAUGGGCCCUGAAAAUGGGACCCAGGAACCCCCCUGCCGAUGUCGCGGACCCAAAUGGCUCCCCAAGGGCACUUAGAUAUCAGUUUGAGCUCGUAUUUUAUAACAGCACAAAGUAUCCACA